AUGUCCCGGGACAAACUUGCUGCUCUGGACUUGACGCCACGAGAACUCCAGGAUGUGAGCCAGAGUCGCUUGGAGAGGAAGUUGCUUCGAUCCUCGCGGCACGUCAUUGACAAGCCCACGUUCCUCGGCAUCUACACCAAAUGGAUGACAUUGCAAAUUCCAAGACUUGGUUAUCACUCCGCCCUUGACUCCACAGUUAUUUACAGAGAAGGUUGUGACUUUUUAGCCCGCGAAGGCUACGACAAGGGACCGGUUCUUGCUUCCUUCUCGAAUCACCAGAAUGAGUACCUGAAGUGUUUCCCAGAUGGUAAGCGGGAGUUCAACUACGCCAGACGCGACAUUGAGAUCCACUUCAAGAAGCUGGUUGACCAGCCUCGUCGUGCUUCUGCCCAUUCUGCUACAGCCACUUCCUCAACCUUCAAUGAGCAUCUCCUGCAGACCAGAGCUCCUCUAUCUUCACCAGCUUCGCAACAGUCAGAUUUGCAGAGCAGGCGCUCCAGCUUCGACAAGUCCAAGUACGACGGUGUCAGUAGCGAACGUUUAGAGUGGCUCUCAGCGCAGAACGAAGAAGAGGCUAUCUCCGUCAUGCCUCCUCCUGCAGCGGCUCCAGCCGUCCCUACCGGCGACUACCUGUGCAAGCGCUGCGAGCGACCGGGCCAUUUCGUUCAGGAUUGCGAAACGAACUCCAAUCCCUCAUUUGACAGUCCUCCUCCCAAGAGUUACGUCUGUCACAACUGUGGUGAAGCCGGAACGCACUACAAAAAUGCUUGCUCCAUCAAGCCGUCAUCAAAGGGACGUUCUCGCAAGAAAUCAAAAUCCUCGAAGGCAGAACCCGGAAGCGACUCAUUUACAAGACGAUCCUCUCUGUCCAAGACACUUGGAGGCCCUCAAUCGCACCAAACCACUAUGGAUGCUCAAGAAGAUCGCUUGGCUCAUCAAGCUGCAGCUCCAAUGGGUGGAAUCUUGCAUACGCAAGGAGGAGCGGUGACCAGUGCAAGAAACAGAAAACCGUCCAUCCAGCAAACUUCUCGAGGCAGCGACGGCCACAUUAAUGAGGACAGGGCCGCUUUCAUUCAAAAUUGCACUGAUAGAUACCGCCCGAGUGCCAAUGCCGGAGGAAGCACUGUCCGUUCCCGCAGCAGCAGCAUUGCUCCCAUCGACGGACGUAGUCGUCGCAGUCGGCGCGACUCGAACCGCCGUCUUGAUUCAUACCGCCCUGAGACGAAGAUGAAGCUGGAGACGGCUAGAAAGGACAGCAACAAGACCGUCACAGGCACGAAUACCAGUAGAGGUUCCUUGCAACACUCUCAGUCCUCUAUCGUGGCCUCAGACGGUAGACUCUCUCCUUGGAGUGAUAUUCACACGCCACCAACAAAGCGGGUCCGUCGUGAUUCUCCUCCUCCCGCAGGUUUGCCUUGGGAUGAUGCCGAGUCUCUAUUUGAGCAGCCCAAUGUCGGUCAACUCAACCAGCCGGCCACUACAACCUCUUUCCCCUCCGGUCAGCAGCAUGCCACACAGUUCCAGCCGGUUAACCGAGACGCAAUGGAGGAGGAUUUCAUUCCUCUUACUUCCGAAGAGGAGUGGGAGCAGGCUGGUAUUGAGGCCGACGCUUUUCUUGAGAAUUUCGGAAUUGAGUUGGCUUCCUACGGCUACGUUCAGCCCUCGUCGACCCCUUCCAACCGUCCGAUGCCUUUCACCAGCCCUGGUAGCAACAUCACUGGACACAACAACUCCGCUAACGAGUUCGGCCCUGGUAUCUCCCAGUAUGCCACCUUCGCUGAAACAGAAGCCGUCAUCGCGGAGGAAUCGAAAGGCAACGACAACGAUGAUUCGGCCUGUUCGCUGAUGAGCUCUCCUGUUCCGCGCGGAGCAAUCUCUCCUGACACCGACGGUGAUGUUUGCAUGACAAACGCUGCUGAGGGCUCUGUCAAGACCCUAACCGAGGGUCAGGCUAUCGUCCCGUACCAGACGGUGAAGCCUCUCCAGAGAAACCCUCCCUAUGACCCUCGCGUCAAGGCACUUUUCCAAGGCCGAGAGCAUGAGAACGUGUACGUCAACGUCGCUGGCCGCAACACGGCAAUGGAUAUGUACGAAGACGAGGAGACGCGUGCCGCAAGGCGAAUGUCGCGCCUGACCGUCAAAGACUCCGCCUCAUCCAAGUGUGAAGACUAA